UCACGGUCUGACAUCCUUAAACAACCGACAAUAUGUGCCCAAACGUAGCAAAACGUAUAGGCGCUGCUACCUAUACCACCGUAGCAUUCUCUCUUAUCCCUACCGUUCUCGGAACCAACGGAAGACCAUCACAAGAUUGCUCCUCUGAGCCAUCAGAGGAGUAUGAUAAAGGUCUACAUAUAGCGGCAAUCUUCAUUGUAUUAGUAUCUUCUGCAUUAGGCAUCACUCUACCGAUUUUAACGAAAGGUUUGGCAUCUACAAGAACACGAGCAAAGAGGGUAUGGGAUGAAGCUGUCUUUAUCUCAAGAUAUUUCGGUACAGGUGUAAUUAUUGCAACGGCUUUCGUACACUUGCUUUUUGAGGCGUUCCAGCAGCUUGAGACAGAUUGUAUCGAUUUAGCCUACGAUCCAACAGCUCCUGCUAUUGCUAUGGCUUCUCUAUUUGUCAUAUUCGUCAUAGAUUUGGCCGUAGCUAGAACACUCAGAAAGCGCAAGAAACAAAUGAAACUCCUGGCCGGUGUAGAUGCUACACAGAUCAACGAUCUAAAGGCAUCACAGGAGAGUACACCUGAAGAUCCUCAAAUGCACGAUGAAAUUCAGGAGAAGAUUAAUCAAGUUGAGGCCCUAGUAAAUAGAGAGAAGUAUCUUGAUGUACUCAUCAUUGAAGGUGGUAUAGUUUUCCACUCUGUCAUGGUUGGAUUAGGUCUCGGUGUUACUUCCGGUGCAGGAUUCGCCCCUUACUUGAUUGCGAUUGUCUUCCAUCAAAUGUGUGACGGUUUCGCUAUUGGUACGCGUAUUGCCGAUGUAAAGUUCACAAGCAAGAAAUACCUUCGCUUAACACUCAUGUGUUCUGUAUACUCCUUUAUUACACCAUUCGGUAUUGCAUUGGGUGUCAUUUGCUACUCAUUCUUUAAUGCAAACUCUCCACCAACGAUUCUUGCGAUUGGUAUCUUGGAUUCCAUUUCAGCUGGACUGCUUAUCUAUGGAGCAACGGUUGAUCUCUUAGCGAAAGAUUUCUUCAUGGGCGACGGUGGAUUAGCUGAUGCUUCAGAUAAGAGAGCUGCUGGUGCCAUUUUGUCAAUGCUUUUAGGUGCAAUGGUCAUGUCUAUCUUGGGACAAUGGGCUUGAUCGAUCCCUCUUAACGAUUUUUGGAUGCUAUGUAAAAAUUUUCAACUUAUUCGAAAUUUCCCACAUACAUAAGAACAGUUAUAGAUUUUAUCAGUUAGAAAAUGAACAGUAUAUUUAUAAUAUUCCAAAGAAAGUUUUAUUUCAAUAACCUGAGCUUAUCUCAAGUCAAAAAUGUAUCAACGUAAUAAAGAUGUUAUUUUAUGCACAAAUUUAUUACUUACAGAGCAACCAAGGUUGAUCAAACCGUUUUGUUCAACCUAAGGUAGAGUGUUAGCGAGGCGUAGACAUUAGGAAGUAGAGUAGUUACAUUUUCGCAACAAACUGGGGUAACCUUGCACAUAUCUUGCAAAGCAACACCGAUGAUUGGAAUUUGUGAACAUUCAAUACCAAGUUGACCGACGACAUCGCUGGAAGAGAUAUCAAUACCUAUGUAAAAAGAAGACAUACAACUCACUUGAGUCCAAUCAAGUCCUUCUCUUCAGCUGUUGCUUCUUCGUAAUCCUUGAGGAUGUUGCUUGUGUAUGAGAUUAGUAAAACACGCGAUAUUUUAUAGAAAGGGCCUACCAGCACUAUCAGAAGACAUUAGUAUAGCUUAUAAUCUAUAGGUUGACACUCACUUUGACAUCACCGACGUUACAUGAACCUUUGCCGUCAGUUCUCUUGAAG